GCUCUCCGCUUCCUCUUUGUCUGUUUGUGUGGAGUGACCGGCGCCAUUUUCAACUCCUGCAGCUUCACCCACUCAAGUGCGCAGCAACCCCGCCACCGCCACCAUGUCUGAAGAAGGAAAGUUGUUCGUCGGCGGCCUCAACUUCGAGACAGACGAGCAGUCCCUGGAAGAGGUUUUCUCCAAGUACGGGCAGAUCUCUGAGGUGAGAGUGAUUAAGGACAGAGACACCAUGACGUCCCGCGGUUUCGGCUUCAUCACUUUCGAGAACCCGGAGGACGCCAGGGACGCGCUGCAGGCGAUGAACGGAAAAUCCAUCGACGGGCGGCAGAUCCGAGUGGGUCACGCCGAGAAAAAGUCGGGAGGUGGCCGCGGGUAUGGUGGAGGCCGAGGCGGUGGCGGCUACGGUAGCCGCAGGAGAGGAGGCGGCGGCUACUGGGAUAGUGACAGGAGCAGCGGCUAUAGCGGUGGAGGCCGGUACGAUACGGGAGACCGGGACAACUAUUCGGGUGGGUACAAGAGCCAAGGUGGUGGUUAUGGAGGCCGCUCAUACAGGGACUAUGACUGUUCUGAACAGGACAUAGAAUGCAAAGAGGCACUUUGCACUUCACGUACACAUACACUGGGUAGUUAUGAGGAGCAGACAACAGCAGAUACAGGGUUGACUGACUGUGAACAAAGUAAUACUGAGGUACAGGACAACGCUAUUCGUCCAAAAGGGCAAUUACCCAAAGUAGGAACAAAGGAUGAAGGACAGGAGACAAGACUUAUCGACUGGCAAACCGAGGUAAAGAUGUGGAAACCCAGAAAGCGCAGUAUGAGUUCUAACAGUGGACCAGAAAGUGGUCGUGACCCUAGGAAAAAAUCCAGGACUUGCAAACGGAGUUCUGUUCGCGAUCCUGCUACCAAGAAAGAAAUAGAACAGUUGAGAAGUUUGAUUGGGCAGUUGAGCUGGUUGUGCACUCAGAUUAGGCCUGAUGCUAGUUAUGAUGUGUUGGAGCUGAGUACCAUGAUGAAACAUGUUACAGCAGCAGAACCUUCCAGUGCAGAUCAGCCUCAGCGGUUACCUAUGUACGCACCAGAACCCUACCAAACACCUCAGUUGCUGAACAAGGACAUCUUCACUUCGAAGGGCAAACAAGAGAGGAAGAGGCUGGUGCGGAACAUAAACACGACCACAGAGCAGUUUCUACCGGCGCCAUUUUCAACUCCUGCAGCUUCACCCACUCAAGUGCGCAGCAACCCCGCCACCGCCACCAUGUCUGAAGAAGGAAAGUUGUUCGUCGGCGGCCUCAACUUCGAGACAGACGAGCAGUCCCUGGAAGAGGUUUUCUCCAAGUACGGGCAGAUCUCUGAGGUGAGAGUGAUUAAGGACAGAGACACCAUGACGUCCCGCGGUUUCGGCUUCAUCACUUUCGAGAACCCGGAGGACGCCAGGGACGCGCUGCAGGCGAUGAACGGAAAAUCCAUCGACGGGCGGCAGAUCCGAGUGGGUCACGCCGAGAAAAAGUCGGGAGGUGGCCGCGGGUAUGGUGGAGGCCGAGGCGGUGGCGGCUACGGUAGCCGCAGGAGAGGAGGCGGCGGCUACUGGGAUAGUGACAGGAGCAGCGGCUAUAGCGGUGGAGGCCGGUACGAUACGGGAGACCGGGACAACUAUUCGGGUGGGUACAAGAGCCAAGGUGGUGGUUAUGGAGGCCGCUCAUACAGGGACUAUGACUGAUCAAAUCUAGAGAAGCAUUUCUGCCAGAUUCAGGAUCAACCUCCCACCUUGUUAAUUCAAUGGCUCUUGGAACCGCAGAAAGCAGUAUCUGAUGAAUUUGAUUUGCCUGUUAUGUUAAAAUGCUAGAAACCCAUUUUCACCAUUGUCAUGAUUUAAUCUUGUUACCUGUUGUUUAGCCUGGAGUACUGCCUUUUGUCGGGGCUUUCGACUCUGAACCUCCAAAUACCAUGUCGUUUUCUAUAUUAUUUUAAAAUAAGACCGAUGUUCAUUUCGACAUUAUAUUGGCGACUUAAAUCGCCACUGAGUUUCCUUUCGUCAGCUCCUUUUGGAAUUUGUCGAAAUCGUUUUGCUUUCUGGUGAGAUUUUUCCACAAUUCCAUGCGGUGCAAAGAAUGAAAGAGCGCGGAAAAGCACUUCACUCCCACUGUCUGGCCCGUCCUUCGGCACCAUCUUAUCUUUGGGAACCCGGACUGCCAUUCUUAAGAUGACUGGUCUCCGAGAAUAUUUUUCUUUUAAUCGACUGAUUUUCAUUGAAUCCGUUGUAUCCACUUGUUGACUCAAUCAACUCCUUAUGAGAAUUGAACAUUUCUAAAAAAAAUAAUAAUUAACCCUUGUGGCUUUGAAUGAAUUUAAACAACUUCACUUGGAAAAUUGGCAUGGGACUUCUAGGAACUUUUUUUUGUGGGGGAGACCUUAAUUUGAAUGUUGCCAGCAAUGUGCCCGAUUCCUUUUGAGUCAUUUUCCUUGCCACUGAAAAGUAAUGAAAGAUUCCCCCUUCGCAGCAACGUUUUCAUGUAAUUUAUUUCAAGACUCUUUGAAAGAAAACUGGUCUUUUGUUUUAAACUCAUUUAUUGAAAACUGUAUACUGAUUUAAAAAAAAUCAAUUGUCUUUUGUUGUACUUUCAUCAACUGGCAUGAUCCUUUGAACAGAACAUUGCCACUUGGGAGACAAAUCUUUGCCAGUGGAUUUAUCUGAAUAAAAUGCAGCUUCAGGAA